UUCUUCCUUUUUACACACACACACACACACACACACACACACACACACAUAUAUACACAUCUCUCUCUCUUCGAAUUUUUAAGUUUCAAAAGGAACAAAGUUACACGAUAUUCGAUUGGACCAAAACUGGAUGUCUUAUCCACCUGUGCGAGUUUCAACUCUCAUCGAAUAAAAGUUGUUAGGAUCGGUCGAAAAAGCUGUGGGGACCUCUCUCUCCUCUCACAGUCGGCGCAUCUUUGGGAUUCGACGGACCUUGGAUAGAGCGGCAGCCGUGUGUGCCUACGCAGAAGAAGCACCAGCAGCAAAAGCAACAGCUACAUCUGCAGCAGUAAUAGUAGUAGUAGUGAUGCCACCUCCGGAUCGUCGGUGUCGUUAGCAGCGGGCCUUAAAAAAUGGCCUCGAUCCUGGGAGACGGAACGGGCCCUGGGGGCUCGGGUCCCUCGCGAUGCCUCCUUCUUCUACAGAGGUCUCUGGCAAUACAGCUGACCAGAGGUCCGCCUCCUCAAGUCCUCAAUGCCGGCCAACGAGAAAGUCCGAAGGAGCAUCCAGCCGACGAGAUGUGGAUGUACGAUAAAGGUUAUAAUUUGUUUCAGAGUUUCUUGGAAGCAAAUUCAAAGUGUUGGUGGAACGCAGCACUCGUCGAUGCAACGAGACAGCUCAGGUAUAAAGGUCACGUGUCACCCGGUGUAUUAAUGGUCGGUGGACCACCUUGCGCCCUCGAAGUAUUAAGGGCAGCCUGGGCUCGAAAUGUACUUAGACCUCCGGCUGAUCAUGCCAUCACCUGCCUUGGUGACAUAGAGGAUUGCUUAGUAGCGCCUGUCUCUCAAGGACAAUUCACACCACUUCCUGAAGCCCUUUGUUGGGCGAUACUAGAACUGACGUCACAGAGGCAAGCAGCGACAUUGGAUACCCUUAGGUCAGCACUCAGGAACGCAUUUCCGGCAAUGCAAAGACCUAGCCGAGAACUCGUAUACGAUGCUCUAGCUAAGUUGAUGCAAGAACGAAAGAUCUACCAUACGUCUCAGGGAUAUUUCGUUGUAACACCGGAAACGAGAAGACUCAGGCGCGAUUCCGGCAGUUCUAGACGAUGUUCAAGAGAGGUCAAUGGCACCAGAGGCCAGGGUGGUAUGCUUAUGAGUAACGACGAAGCUAUGGCUCUGGUUCAUGGAGAAAUGUUGACCCUUAGAGACGGUGACGUUACGCAUCAGGCGGUACAGACCAAUCUGGCGGACGUUAUCUGUGGAGGUAACCCAAAUGACAAAGUCCUGUUUGCCAGGUGUCGAUCGAUGCCAGGUCGUCUUGAGAGGAGACACUCGCUUAGAUUGUGGGGAUCGGCCAGACGUUUGCACCGUAGCGGAAGUUCACGGUCUUUGCCAAGGAGGCCGGAAAGAAGUGACACUUCGUCUAGCGCCGAAUACGCGAGCACCGAUAGCGCACCUCAUAGUCCAACCAGCUUUUCGGGAAUGUUCACAGAGAAAAUAGGCUUGCUCUCAAGGCUAUUCCGACGUAGUACGAGGAGAAAGGGCGCACCUUUGAUGGGUACGUUCAGCGCUCAAUAUCCUCCAACCGAGUGGUUCAAUCCACGUGUCGUUCAUCUACAUAGUGUAGCUACGCAAACGAGAGCUGCUAGUCCUUCGAUGAUGGAAGGUUUGGAUCAGUCGCAGACCAGUUUCCAAGUCUGGGACGAUUCGAGCUCGGUAAGAUCGGCAACAUUACCAAGGCGGCACCGACGUCAAGCCAGCGGCGAUUCGUCGAGUUUAUUGGCAAAUUCUACACCAAGAAGCUCGAGAAGGCAUCGAUCGCCAUGUUCGACUAUGCCAAGAUCGAAAUGUUCUAGCUUGAGUAGAUGUACCUCAAGGGCAUCGGUCCUUCCGCCUAACGCCAAUCAAGAACCCUACCAGACACGUAAUCAAGUUCAAAAUGGAAAAAAUUCUGCCAACUCUUCGCCAAGUAGAAGCGGCGGAAGUUCUGGCUCCGUUAGGACUACCAACGUUAGUCCUGCGAAAACCGCUACGCUUACCAGGUCCAAUACGAGGCAAUCGAGUUCUCGUAGGCCGAGUCACGAUUCGACUGCUAGCGGCACAAAAUCGAGCAACGGUUCGCCCCAGCACAAGGUACUGCAAAAGACGUCUUCCGGUCAUUCGUCUCACUCGAGUGGGAAAUCGAUUUCUAGCGGUAAACUUUCGUCUUCCCCGCUGAAGACGAACACGCUGCCGGCGAAAUCGUCACCGUUGAAGGUCGUACAGCAGGGAUCGUUAACGCCUCUCCAAGAGGCACAGAACUCGAUAACGCUUCAAGUGUCGACGAAUCUCAGUCCGGUUAAUUCGUCACAGGAACAACGUGCUAUACAGAAUAGCGUGACAUUGGCAUCGAAUGCUACGAGUACUACGACUAUUUCUGGAUCCCCAGGAACUAAGAUCUACGUACAUCAAAAUAAUUCACCGAUGAGAUCCGUAAUUACUUUUGAAAAUGGCACGGUUAAAACCAAGGUUACGGAGAAGGACGUCACAGAGUGUAAGGAGAAACAAGAACGCGAACUAGUUGGCGAGAAGGCUUACAAGUCUCGAAUGGACGAGGAGAAACUUUUUAAAGGUAAACUCGACGAUGAGAAACUUAAUAAAUCGAGUAAAAUCGAGCGACCGUCCUCUUUGUAUUCCGGAAAGGAGAUCAAGCCUGGACUUCUCUCGGAGUCCGAUAAAGAGAACAAGCCUAAGGUCGAAGAGGAAACGCCUAGUAAAUUAAAGUUAACCAAUCGUUUGAACAACAGUCAAGCACAUCUGAUAGAUGGAUCGAGCGGUAACAUCGAUAAAAAUUCUUUGUCUCACGAACACACUACAGGGAGCUUAUCCAGUACGAAAAACACGAACGACGCGAUGAAUAAUUCACGAAAACUUAGUCUCUCCUUGUCGAAGGAUGCACUCAGCUAUCGGAAUUUACUCCGUCCGGGAUCGAAAAAUAAUAUCUCGUCUAAUCCUCCAUCGCCAACGAAAUCCUUCGAUGGCUUCGGGGGAUCCUUCAACAACGUCUACAUCGAAAAUCUCGAAUCGGCUAAACAACAAAGAGCACCUCAAGGCUCCGAACCUAAUUUAGAAAAGACUGUUAGCCGUGGCGAUCUUUAUUCUUAUCCGAGUUUGAGCGACAUGCAAGUUCAAUUUACCAGUUUGGCAGCGCAAAAGAUACUUAAGGGUUGUCCGAUCAAUAGCGUCGAUACUUUGGUCGAAGUUAAUAUGGCCGCUGCCGAAAAGCCAAACAAUUGCGACGUCACCGUUCACACGGAUUUUGGUCUCGUUUGAAGAAAGAUCCAAAAUGAUUUCGGGGAUAAAACGAUUAUCCUUCGAAUGGAAAUAUCAUCCUCGAACGAACGUUAGGCUGUGUACGAGAUCUAACGAAACUCAUCGUCAUUCGUCGUCGUUCUCGUCGUCGUCAUCGCCAUCGUCAUCGUCAUCGUCAUCGUCAUCGUCAUCGUCAUCGUCGUCGUCGUCCUCGUCGUCGUCGUCGUCGUCGUCGUCAUUUUAUUGACGUAUUUCGAUUAAUUUCAUCGCUAGCACAGCGUAACGUUUUAACAUGAACGUGUAUGUAAAUGAAAACGAUCCAGUUCCAAGUGAAACUAUCCUUUUAGAUCGGUUCUAAUGUCCUGUAAUAUAUCUAAUAGAUAAUAACCGCGUUCGAUACACACACAAAUCACGUGAAAUGUCACUGCCGUUGUCCGAAAAAAAAGAAAAAGAAAAAGAAAAAAAAAAGAAAUGGGGGAAAAAAAAUAGAAAUAAAUAUAUGACGGUAGUAGGUGAUACUGCGACAUACAUACGUAUAUAACGUGCCUACGUUUUGUUCCGAGAGAAAACAGUUGAAAAAAAAAAAAUGGGAAAAAAAAAGAAAAGGAAAAAAAAAAGAGGAGAAGAAAAAAAAAUUGUAUUCUAAAAAUGUUAUUCUAAAAAGUGUCGUUAAUUAAUUCCGAUGUAUAAUCGUGCGUUAAACACCGAUAUAUCUGCACAAGUAUAUAAAUAUCAAGAGUUCUGUUUCCCAAUGAGAAAAAAAAAAUGUUAUAGAGAAUAGUAUGCCACAAUAAUCGCAGUUUUGCGUCGCUUUACUAAGCUUUAAAGCGAUUUGUCAAAGCAAUCGUUCGUAUUUGAUAUCUUUACACUUCUAUGCUACACGCAUAUCAUACAACAUCAUACACAUACACACGCAAUUACUUACAAAUGCGCACACAGGGAGACGAAUCAUUUUCCAUCGAUAAUAUUACGUAUACUCCGUCGAUAAAUCCCGUGAUGGUAAUAAUCUGUAUUAACGGGUAAAUCGAAAAGCAGAUCGGAUGAUAAAGUAGAAAUGAAGGAAUGAUAAUACAUAAUGUCGAUAAAAAUGUUUUCUCUCGGUAUAAACGGUAUCGCUCCGUAAUUAGUGCAAUCGUAAAUCUAAGUGCCAAAAUCCAUGUAGUACUUACAAGAAACAGAAAAGAAAACAAGAGAAAGGAAAAGAAAGGAAAAGAAAUGAAAAAAGUUAGAUCGAUCGCCUUACAGAGUGUAAAUUACGAUUAUCAUUAAUCGUAAUAAUAAACGUUCAACUCUUCGUUCGAAUCGCGAGGAUUUCCAAACGGGAAUCAUACAUGAUUACCGACAAUUCGCGAUGAAUAAUUAAUGAUUAACCUUAGAAUAAAAUAAACCAUAGAGAGAGUCCCAUCAGUCAGUAGAUAAUCUCGUGUGUGUAAAAAAAGAAAAAAAAAGAAAAACGGAACAUUCGCUUUGUAUAUUUCUUAUUAGUUUAAAAAAAAAUCAGCGAUUAUAACCGAUGAUAACGUACAGAGCCUUUCGUUUAUUCUAUUUGAUUUUUUUUUCUUUUCUUUUUUUUUUUUUUUUUUUUUUUUUUUAAUAAUAAUUUUUUUUCCUAAUCUUAUUUUAUUUUUACUAUUGAACAAAACGAAUCGAGAGGUCUUCGAGAGAAACCUCUUUCGUUUUUUUCAUUUCUUAUCAAAACUAACUUUUAGAAUAUUAUAGCAUAAUAUCAAUAUCUUAUAACACACAACGAAAAGCAUAUGAAAAUAAAACGAAGAAACACAAAAUUAUAUCCUAUCUCGAAUUAUCCAAC